AUGCGCUCCUUUCUCGCUUUGCUCAUUAUAAGCUUCGCGUCGCACGUCAGUGCUAAGAAUUAUGUGCGAGUGUGUUACCACACAAACUGGUCCCAGUAUCGGCCUGGUAUCGGCAGGUUUAACCCUGAAAAUAUCGAUCCUUUCCUCUGCACUCAUCUGGUUUACGCAUUUGCAAAGAUUGACCGCCAAACAAACAAACUAGCCAUGUUCGAGUGGAACGAUGACAUAUGGUACCCAAAGUUCAACGCUCUAAAGAAGGCAAACCCCGGUUUGAAAACCUCCCUGGCCGUAGGUGGCUGGAACCACGAAAACCAAGACAGCCCAUUUUCUAAGAUGGUCAAAACCAGAGCUUCUAGGAAGGUAAAGUUAUUAAGGAAAGGUUAAAACUCAAAUAGAUGAUUCCAAAAUGAAGAUUUUCAGCCCAAAAGGGAGAUGUAUGGUUACACGAGAGUCAGUACAGUUUAAAAUUGCCAGAUUUAGAAUCACGUUUAAGGAAAACUGCAAACAUCGGUAGGCCCAGGUUAACGGUUUCAGAUAUUGUUACAUGAAGAGAUAAAACAUGUGAAACUAAAUUCAGCAAUUAUUUGAUGAGGCUGAACUGAUAUGGAGAACCAUGAAGGUCGAGAAGGUUGCUCAGCGCUUUUCCAUUCCAUAGCUAUAGCACGUCGGCUUUUCGAGUUUUACUUUUAAUAUGAUAGCUUGUUGUAUUUUAUGGGAAAGGGCUCUAACUUCAAGUGUCGUUUCUUCUUUUUUUUUUCGUCCUAUUUAUUUAUGCUUUAAAGUCAAUUUGGUCAAAAAAUUCAGUUUUACAGUACUGAUUGCUUCUUUUAACAUUUAUCAUCUAUUGCUAGGUAUUUAUAGACUCAGCAAUUGACAUGUUGCGGAAGUGGGGCUUUGAUGGUCUUGAUCUGGACUGGGAGUAUCCCGCUGUAAGAGGAGGCUCGCCCCCAGGGGAUAAACAGAGGUUUACCCUUCUCUGCCAGGAACUGUUAAAUGCUUUCAAGGCUGAAGCUGCCGCUACUGGAAAGCCUCGUCUGCUGCUGACCGCCGCUGUGGCAGCUGGUUAUACUACAGUCGAAAAAGCCUACGAGGUUAACAAGCUCGGUCCACUUCUGGAUAUUCUUAACCUGAUGACCUAUGACCUACACGGUAACUGGGACUCAGUGACAGGGCAUCAUACAGCCAUGUCAGGAGAAGACAAGCUCAACGUUCCAUUCGCGGCUCAGUAUUGGAUCGACAACGGAUUCCCAGCAGAGAAGAUUGCUCUUGGAAUGGGGACAUACGGGAGAGCAUUCAGGUUGAAAGAUCCCAAUAACCAUGGCCUUGGUGCUCCUAAGCACGACUGGCAGAACCCCAUCAAAGGUCCAUACACCCGCGAAGCAGGCUUUCUGGCGUAUUACGAGAUCUGCAAGAUGGGUUUGAAUGUCGUCACAGACAACGCAGUUAAGGCUCCCUAUGGUUAUAGCCACACCACCUGGGUAGGCUUUGAUGAUCCACGCAGCCUUUAUUAUAAGGUAAAAGAGGUGGUCGAGAAAAAAGGUCUCAAGGGUGUUAUGUUCUGGGCCCUUGAUUUAGAUGAUUUCAGUGGCAGUCAAUGUGGUGAAGGUCCCUACCCCCUGAUAAGCUCCGUCAAAAAGUCCUUGGGUGGCUACGUCCCAUCACCUAGUCCCACGGUGCAGACUACACUUCCCAACACUCCUGCGCCAGGCCCUAUAACAACUGUGAAGCCAAACCCAGUCACCACAUCAGCUCCAAAACCACCGACCAACGAACCAGGUACAUCAGGACCUAAUGGUGGUUGUGUCGCAGUACCACCUUAUGACCAGUUCCCUGGCAUGGAUGCAUGGUGCGAGACCAACUGUGCAGCUGGAUUUUGCCCCGCAAGCCACUGCAAAUGCUUUUAA